AUGUCUCAAUACUUUGGUACCUUUUCCAAAAAAGUUCAGGAACUGUCUAGCUCAGUGUCCCAAAAAGCCCAAGAAGCUCAAUUAGACCAAAAGUUUAAGGACUUGAAGACCAACACUUCUCUCUUUGCCAAUUCCACACAACGUCUGAUCCAGGAGAAGUUAGGCCAAGUCACCGAUAUUUCCCAAUUGCCAGAUGAGUACACGCAGCUUGAAAACAGGGUUGACAAGAUCAAGUUGAUCUACGAGAACUUUUUGAAAGUCACCAAGAUAUACGAAAAUGAGAGCUAUGAUUACCCAGGAAACAUUAAGGAAUCUGUCGAUGAGUUUUCUAAGACUGUAGGCGGUAAGUUGCACGAAUUAUCCAAGGCUACAAACCGGGAACAAGCUCAAAGUGCUCUAUUGUCCUCUCAGUUGAAGGAGCCAAAGACUCUAAACUACGCAUUGAGUAAAGUCGCGUUGACGAGCAGCGAACACGUCGAGGAUGAUGUAUUGGCUAACUUCUUGGCUAAAUACAGCGAUGUACAAACUAAGAUUGCCCAAUUGAGGCUACAACAGGACACCAUGAUCCAAACUAAGUUCAACAAGGCAAUCAAGGAGAAACUAGAUCAAGAAAUUGCUGCAUCCACCAAGGCUCGUAAAUUGGUCGAGCAAAAGAGAUUGCAAUACGAUGUUGUUAGAUCUAACAGAUUGAAGAACACCAAGCCAGAAAAGCAAGCUGCUUUACAAGUGGAGGAAAGCACUUACGAAGAAGAAUUUGCCAAGGCCACAGAUGAUGCUAUCAUUGCAAUGAGCAAGGUCGUAGAGUUAGCUGACUUCACUACCAACUUACAAGAAUUAGUCGCUGCUCAAUUAGCUUAUCACAAGAACUCGGCAGAGCUCUUGGAGGAGUUAGUGAAUGAGUCGUAA